AUGCCAUACUUACCCACACCAAACGCAUUUCUGGAGCAAUCCUCGCUCUUAUUAGAAGCAUAUCCCGACGAUACAAGAAUAACAACCAAAUACUCCUAUCCCAACCCAUCGAAUAAAAAUAACACUCACAAAAUCUCAAAACGACAAUCCUCAAAAACUACACCCAAUACCGAAGAAUCAAUCAUACCAAAGUCUACGACGACGACAUGCGCAACCCUUACACUCAAAACAUAUAAUCCUGUAACGGGGAUAUGCUUGAAAUAUAAGACGAAUAAAGCCGCGGAAGUUGGGAGAUUGAUUUCUGGAUUGGGGAAAUUGGGUGCUGGGGUGAAGAUUACUUCUGCUACGGAGGAGCCUGUUGCUACUACUGCGGCCGCGGCGACGGAGGGAGAGAGUAGUGAGGUGCCGGUUCAGAUUCAGGCUGCUCCUGCUGUUGCUGCUCCCUCGUCAGGAGGUGGAGGUGGUGGUGGGAAAAAGAAGAAAGGAAAGGGGAAGAAAUGA